AUGGAGGAUACAUUAAAUGAAAAUAAUGCUAUUUUAAAUAAUAAUAAUAAUAAUAAUAAUAAUAAUAAUAAUAAUAAUAAUAAUAAUAAUAAUAAUAAUAAUAAUAAUAAUAAUAAUAAUAAUAAUAAUAAUAAUAAUAAUAGUAAUAAUAAUAAUAGUAAUAAUAAUAAUAGUAAUAACAACAACAACAACAACAAUAAUAAUAAUAAUAAUAAUAAUAAUGAAAACAACAAUAAUAAUAAUAAUAAUAAUAAUAAUAAUAAUAAUAAUAAUAAUAAUAAUAAUAAUAAUAAUAAUAAUAAUAAUAAUAAUAAUAAUAAUAAUAAUAAUAAUAAUAAUAAUAAUAAUAAUGAGAGUGCAUACGACGAUAAAGAAAUAGAUGAAGAUACACCGUUAAAUAAAAGUUUAAAACAAUUAUCAAUAAAUUCAAAUUCAAAACAAAAGAAUAAAAAGAUUUUAUAUACCCUUUGGUUCGUGGAUCCAGAGUGGAUUGAUACAACACAAUCUGAUAGUCAAGAUGACGAAGAGAGAAAUAAAGAGAAUAAUUUAUCUUUUAAAAAAUUUUUAUUUAAAAGAUUAAUAAAUUAUUCAAGUAUUUUAAUUAAAUUACCAUAUUCAUUACCACUUACAUUAUAUCGUAAUAUUGGACAAACAACACGUCAAAGUAAUUUCUCACCAUUACAUAUUCAUAAUCAAAAUCAAGCUACAUCAAAGUUAUUAUCAAGUUAUGAUGGUUCAAUAUUAGCAUCAACUCAAAAUACUGAAAUCACAUUUAGAUCUUCAAAUGAUAAUUUUUCAACAAUUCAAAAAACUUGUAAUUUCUUUCAAAAUGAUAAAGAAAGUCAAUGGCAAAGAUUAUGUUUUAGUCCAGAUAAUAAAUUAUUAGCAUUUUCAUCAAGUGGUUGUAAAAUUUAUAUAUUCUUAAUUGAAAAGGAACAAUUAUUACAUAUGUUAUCACCUGGUAUGUUUGGUUUAAAUCCAAAGGAUGGUAUUGCUGAUUUAGCAAUUCGUCAUGCAAAGUGUAAUUUAGAUCCUGAUCAAAAAUGUUAUGAAUUAUUAAUUUUAGGAUAUGAUAUGAUUUUAAGAAGAUUCCAUAUUCCAACAUUAAAUAAUAAUUUUACAAUUCAUCCAUUCAUUAGCGAAAAUGAACAAUUACCAAAUAAUUAUAAUCAAUCAAAUAAAAAUAAUAAUACAAAUAAUCAUAAUGAAAAUAAAGGUACAGUUAGUAAUAGAACUUUAAAAAAAGAUAAAAAUAAUAAUAUUGAUGAUAUAAAUAGUGAUAAUAAUGAUAAAAAUAACAAUGAUAAUAGAAAGGAUAAGGAUGAUGAUGAUGAAGAAGAAGAGGAAGAAGAAGAAGAUGAUAAUGAUAAAUCCAAAAAGAGAUUUAAUAGUAUUGGUUUAGGUUGUUCACCAAGUGGUUUAACAAUUCCAAAUUUUAAAUCUGUUCAUCAUUCAGUUGGUUGUAUGCAUUUCUCACCAGAGAAUAAUAUUUUAGCUAUUGGUGGUAAUAGGAAAUCAUCAAAGAAAUCAUCUAAUAGAGGUCCAAGAGUUAAAGCAUAUGUUUCAUUUUGGAAAAUUUCUGAUCAUGAACCUUAUUUCACUUUAUUAAAUGUACCAACUACAACAACAACAACAACAACUACUACAACUUCACCUUCAUCAUCACCAUCAUCAGGAUCACAUGUAUUAAAUACAUCAUCAAUUGGACCAGGAGAAGAAGAGAUUGAAGAAAAUUUUGAAAAUCAAACAAAGGCACAAAAAAUUUGGAGAAAAUUAAAGUAUACAUUAUUUGGAAAUUAUUUUAAGUCUGUUAUACUUCAUAAAGUGGUUUUCUCAAUUGAUGGUAAACAAUUGAUUUCUUUAGAUUUAAAUGGUACAAUAUCAUUAUGGAAAGUACCAAUUGAAGAUGAUGAUGAUGAUGACGAUGAUGAUAAAGAUAAAACCAAUAAAAAGGAUCCAAUAAUUUUAGAAUGUUUAGAGCCACCUGUAACUUGUAAUUAUAAACCAAUUAAAAUUUGGACAUCAAAAGAUUUACGUUCAGUUUGGAAUAAUUCUGAAAUACCAUCAUUUAUGCAACAACAACCUUAUCAAGGUACUUCAAAUAACAGUAAUAAUAAUAAUAAUAAUAAUAAUAGUAGCAAUAAUAACAAUAGUAAUAGGGGUGCAUCAUCAUCAUCUUCAAAUGCAUCAUCAUCAACAUCAACAACAACAACAACAACAACAACAACACCAGCAUCAACAAAUAUUAAUCAAAAUAUAAUUGAAAAUUUAAAGAUUGUAAUUGAUAUAGCAUGGUGGUCUGAUAAUCAAAUUAUAGUUGGUAAUAAAGGUGGACAAUUUACAGUAUUUUCAAUGGUUGAUAAUCAAAAUUGUUUAUUACAUGAUCCAGAGUUAGUAUCAUCAGCACAACCAUUAAUUGUUACAAAUGCACAUAAUGGUAGAUUUUUUAUAUUGGAAACUUCUUAUACUUCAACCGAUGGUACUCCAAUUGAAUAUAUUAAUGGUGGUGGUGCUAGUGGUGCUAUUACUAAUCAUGGUAUAAAUGGUAUUAAUGGUGGUAUUUCUAAUCAUCUACAUCUACUAUCAUAUCAAUCAAUCAAUGAAUUAUAUAAAAGUAAAGUUAAAUUACCAAUGGUUAAAACUUAUAGAUAUCUAUUACGUUAUUUUAAUGGUGGUGAUAUUAAUGAUAAUGAUAUAAAUGAUGAUGAUCCAUUUCAUUUUAAUAUUGAAAGAGAUAAUAAUAGAAAUAAAAGAAAUAAUAAUAAUAAUAUGAAUAAUAAUAUGAAUAAUAAAGAUAUUAUAUUAUCAAGAAAUAAAGGUAGUUUAAAGAAUGAUAUUCAUUUAAUACGUAGAAUUAUAAGAUUUCAAUCAACAACACCAGAACAAUUAUUUAAAACUAAAGUUUCACAAAAAGAGUAUGGUAAUGCAUUGUUAAUUGCAGAACAUUAUGGAUUAGAUAAAGAUUUAGUACAUCAAAAGAGAUGGACAAGAUCAAUGGUAUCAAAUGAAUCUGUUAAGCAAUAUCUUUCAAAGGUACAAGAUAUCAAUUGGGUAUUAUGGUCAUGUCAUAUUAGAAUACCAUUGAAAUUAGAUUCAACUAGAAUUCUAUUAGAAUUUGCAUUAGAUAAAACAACUCAAUAUUUUAAUAAUCUAUUUAAUUGUUCAGAUUUUAAUCAGCAAGCAUCAUCAAUCAUUUCAACAAAUAUAGAUAAAUUAAAAGAGAAUCAAAAUAUAAUUUUACAUAGAUUAAUUUUAAUAAAUUAUUUAAAUAGAUUGAAAACCUAUCAAGAAAUUUAUCAAAAUGAUUUCGAUGCUUUUGAAUUCUUAAGAUUUAGAGAUUGUUCAUUGGUUUCAGCAGCUAUGGAAUAUGCAAGUUUUGAAGAUGUAAAAGCGGUUUUCAUUUUAUUAUCAAAUUAUUCCGAUCAAAUUUUACCCUAUAGAUUAGAUAUUCUAUCAAUGAUACCUGAAACUGCUCAACCAUCAUCUUUUAAACAAUUAUUACCUGAUGAAUUAAAUAUUUGGAAUCAAAAGAAACAAUUGAUUGAUCAAGAUUGGUCACAAUCAAAAUUAAUCUUUGAAAAUGUAUUACAAUUAGAUUGGUCACAACGUUUAAAUUCAACUUUAUUAAAAAAAGCUAUCAAUUCUUUACCUUCAAAAGAAUAUGAAGAUAUUAGAUCUGCUAGAGAUAGAGAAUAUCCUUAUAAUACUAUUAGUAUUGAUAAUAAUAAUAAUACAAAUAAUACAAAUAAUAAUGCAAAUAAUAAUUCAAAUAAUAAUGACAGUAAUAAUGAUAAUAACAAUAAUAAUAAUAAUAAUAAUAAUAAUAAUAAUAAUAAUAAUAAUAAUAAUAAUAAUAAUAAUAAUAAUAAUUAUAAUACAAAUAAUACAAAUCAAAAUAGUAGUGAAACUAAUAGUGGUACAUCAACUGAAAAUAGUGGUGAGAGUAGUAAUAAUAAUAAUAAUAACACAAAUAAUACAAAUACAGGUAAACCAAUUAUACAUGAAAUUGAUAUUUAUUCAAUUGAUUAUAUAGAAAUCAAUCAAUCAAAUCAAUUCCAUUUUUCAUUUAAUCAUACAACUCAACAAAAUCUACAACAACAACAACAACAACAACAAAUACUUGGUAGUAAUCAAAAUAAUAAUUUAACAACAUCAACAAUUGUUCAAGAAUGGUAUAAAAAGAGAGCAAGUGAAAUUGAUAGAAAAUCAGGUCAAAUUAAUAAUUCAUUAAGUUUAAUUAAUAUUGCAAUUCAAGAGAAACAUGUUUCAAAUUUAAUUGAAACUCAAAGAGAUUUAGAAGAAUUAAAUUCAAUCGUUUAUGAUGAAUCAUUCUUUUCAGGUGUUGGUGGUGGUGGUGGUGGUGGUAUUGCUAAUAAUAAUAAUAUUUCAAGUAGUAUUAGUAAUAUCGUUGGUAAAGGUAUUGAUAACAUUUGUGAAAUAUCAUUGGAAACUUAUCAAUCAAUAAAUCCAUUAGAUAAAAUUAAAUUAUUAUUAAAUGAUUCAAAUGAUAGAAAUAUUUAUCAAGUAAUUAAAUCAAGAUGUUUAAAAAUUUUAAAAAUUUAUCCAUACUUAUUAGUUGAUUUCUUUCAAAAUUAUUCAAAAGAAAAUAAUGAUUUAUCAUUAGUUAAAUCAUUUUUAAUUACUUAUAUAAAAGAGAAAUAUAAACAAUAUCAACAAUUACAAUCACAAUCACAAUCACAAUCACAAUCACAAUCACAAGAAGAUAUUAAUGUUACAAUUUUAGAUAUAUUAAAAAUUGGAUUAAAUAGUAUUUAUAAUAUUCAAUCAAAUUUAAAUUUAAAAAUUAUAAAUACAAUGAUUGAUAUUUUAGAGAUAUUACCAGAAAGAGGUGGUUGGUAUGAUUCUUUAACUACUAAUAGUAGUGGUGGUGGUAGUAGUAGUAGUAGUAGUAGUAGAAAUAUUAAUAGUGAAAUUCAAAUUUUAUAUGAUAAAAAGAAUCAAUAUAAUCAAUUAGUAUCAGUUAUGAAAAUUUUAAAUAAAUAUCAAAUGGAGAAACCAAUCUCUUAUUUAGUUGUUAAAAAGGAUAAUCAAGAUGAAAUAGUUUCAAUUUUAACACAAAUAUUUAAAUUUGCAAAAAAGAAUAAUUUCAAACAAUCAAAUUGGAGAUUAGCAUUUGAAGAUUGUCUUUCAAUAAAGAGAUUACUAUUUUCAAAUACUGAUGAUUCCCAACUUUAUUACCUUUUCGUAAAGAAUCUUUUAUCGGAAUCAUUAUUCUUUUUAGCAAAUGAAUAUUUACCAAAUUGUGGUACACCUGAUAAAAUUGAAUCAUUGGUUUUGAAUGCUGCAAAAGAGUUUUUCAAUUCAUCUCCUUCCUAUGGUCAUACUAAAAAUUUAGAAGAAGCUAGAAGUUGUUUAGAAUUAGUUAGACCACCAACUAGAAAAAUCUUAGCUGAAAUUAAUUUAAUUAAAGCAAUCGAUAUUUUAUAUUCAUCUUUUAAUUUUAAUAAAUUACCUGUUGAAGUUAGAUUAAUUUUAGAAAAUCAUCAUUUAAAGAAACAACAACAACAAAAACAACAACAACAACAACAACAAAUUGAUCAAUCAUCUUUAAAACAACAACAAAUUUCGUCUAAAAUAGAAAAAGGAAUUGAAUCAUUUAAUUAUGAUAAUUAUUUUAAACAAGGUAGAUUUAAAUUAAUUCAAACAGUUUUAAAUAAUUGUAAAGAUAGUUAUUUAAAUAUUGAAACAUUAUUACAAAUAUCAGAUUUAAUAUCAGAUUGGAAUAAUAUAAUCGAUAGUGAUCAUGAUAAUGAUGAUGAUGAUGAUGAUAUUAUUGAUGAUAAUGAAGAGAAUGUAGAAGAAGAAGAAGAAGAAAUUAAACCAAAUUUAGUAUCAGAUAAAAUCAUUGUAUUAUUAAUUGUUGCGAAAUUUUCAAUUCAUGUUAAAAAGGAUUAUAAAGUUUCAUUUAAAUUAUGUAAAAGAUUAAUUAAUGAAAAAGAGAAUCAACAAUCAAACAAUAAUAUACCAAAUUCAUUCAAUGAAAUUUGGAAGAUUUGUUCUGAUCUUGCACUAUGUUUGGACUAUUCAAAUGUUAAAGCUAAAUUAUUCUUAUUAUCUUUCUCUUUACUUUAUUGUGAUUCUGAAAGUGUUUUAGUAUUAUUAAAAACUUUUCAACAAUUACAAAUUUAUAAUAAUCCAAAAUCAAUCAUUAAUAAUUAUGAUAUUAGUUUUAAUAAUGAUAAUGAUCAAUACAAUGAUCAAGACAAUAGUUAUCAAGAUGAAUCUGAAAUCAUUAAUAAUUUAGAAGAAAAGAGAAAUUCUUUAAAAAAUAAUUGUGAAAUUAAAUUAGUUCCACCAUUUAUUGAAUCAAAAGAAUCAAUUACAAAAUUAUUUGAUCAAGAUUAUAAUAAUAAUAAUCAAGAUGACAUUAGUAAAAUUGAAUCAAUUGAUCAAACUUUAUUAUAUUAUUAUCAACAAAAACAAGUAAUUUUAAAUAAUCAUUGUGGUAUUAGUGGUGGUAGUAGUAGUAGUAGUAGCAGUGGUAGUAGUAAUAACAUCAAAGAAAAGAUUGAAAAUGUUUUAUUAGAAUUAUCAAAUAUUUCAUUCCAAAAUGGUGAUAUGAAAGCAAGUUUAUCAUAUUUAUUAAAUUUAAAUGGUAAAGAUAAUCAAAUUAUUAUUUCAAACUUUUUCAAUAAAUUAAUUGAUUCAACUAAAUCAAGUGAUUCUUUCCAAACAAGUCAAGAAAGAUGUACAAAAUUAGCUUGUUAUUUCUAUUCUUUGAAAUUAUUAUUAAAAUAUCAACAACAACAACAACAACAACAACAACAACAACAACAACAACAACAACAACAACAACAACAACAACAACAAUCACAAAAAGAACAAUCUCAACAAGAACAACAAUCUCAACAAGAACAACAAAAAUCUACAACAACAGUCUCACCACUUCAAUUAUUUUCAUAUUCAAUUGAAACUGUAAUUUCAAAAGCUAUUCAAAUUUCAUCAUCAAAAACAUCAAAUGUUGAAAAUAAUGAUGAUAAAAAUAAUAAUAAUAAUGAUGAUGAUGAAAAUAUUGAAUCAUCAUUAUUAUUAAAAUAUUAUAAUUUAAUGGUUGAUUCAAUUCAAGAGAAAGAAUUAUCAGAGAUUGAUACCUAUGUUGAUUUCAAUAGAUUUAAACAAGAUUCUCAAUAUAAAAUUGAUACAAUUAAUAGUUUUGCAAAAUCAAAUCAAAUUAAAUCAUUGGAAACCUCAAUUUCAAUGGCAAAAAGAUAUGGUGUCACAAUUUAUCAAGUAUUAUUAACUCAUAUUGAAUGGAAUCUUUUAUCAUCAUCGUCAUCAUCAUCAUCAUCAUCUUCUAACACUGGUGGUUGUCAAUUUAUACUAUCAAAUGAUAAUAUCAAUGAAUUGAAAUCAUCUAAUCAUUUAGAGAAUACAAUUGAAACUUUAAAUCAAUUAUAUAAUCAAAUCGAUGGUACAAGUUAUGAUAAAUUAAUUUAUUAUUUAGAUUUAAAGAAUUUAAUUGAUUCAAGUAAUGAUAUUAAAAGUAAAAAGAAAUUAUUAUCAUUCCUAUUAAAGAAUCAACAUCAACAUCUAGAUACUACUGAUAAUAGUGAUGUUAGUGAUGAUGACAAUCAUGAUCAAAUUGAUUUUAAAUUAAUAUUAAAACCAACUUUUGACCCAAUCAAUGAAAAAACUAAAAAACAAAUUAAUCCAAAUAAUAUCUCAUUUUGGUCAAAAUUAAUUAGUAUUCUUCAAGAGAUUAGACAUGAUGAAUUAAUUCAUGAUUUAUCAUUAGAAAGAAUUUAUUAUUAUAUGAUUCAGAAUUUAAUUGAAAAAGAUUUUCAAAAUUCUUAUUCAAUAUUAUUAAAGUAUAAAAAGGAUUUAGAUCAUCAAGAUUUAGAUAAUUUAUAUAUCUCUUUAUUAAUUGGUAAUUAUUCUUCAAAAUUAUCAAUCGAUAAUAGAAUUAAAUUUAUAAUUAUUAAAUUAAAAGAGUUAAAAGAAUUUUAUAAUAAUAAUGAAGAAGAAGAAGAAGAAGAAGAAAAUGAUAAUGAUAAUGAUAAAAAUGAACAUUAUCAAAAUGAAUUAUUAUUUUAUCAAUCAAUUGAAGAACAUUUAAUUAGUGUAAAACAAUUAAAUUCUAUAAAAGAUUUAAUUGGUGGUAUUGGUUUCAUUCAACAUUAUGAUAAUGAUAUAUCAACAAAAUUAUUAAAUUAUUAUAAUAAUCAUCAUCAACAACAACAAAAACAACAACAAAAUGAAGAAGGUAUUAUUAUUGAACCAAUUAAAUUAAUUGAAAAUGAAAAAGAAAAGAGUGUAGAAUCAAUAAUUUAUAAAUUAAUUAAAUCUGAAGGUAGUUGUUUACCAUCAACAAUUAAAUCAAUUUAUAAUAAUUUCUAUCCACAAGCCUCUUUAACUUCUACUACUAGUGGUGGUAGUGGUAGUAAAAAAGUUGUUUCAAUUUCAAAUAUUAAUCCUGUAAAUGUUAAAUUAAUUAAUUAUUAUACAACUUGUAUAAAAGAUAUUUUAGAAAAUCAACAAGUUGAUAAUAAUCAAAAGUCAAUGAUUAAUCAAAUUGAAACCAUUUGUAAACUAUCAAUUAAAGAUGAAUCAUUAGAUGAUUGGGAUAGUAGUACAUUAAGAUCUUCAAUUUUAAAUCAACUUAGAGAAUAUAAUAAUUAUCACUCAAUUGAUACCAAAGUUUUAGUAUUUGAAAAACUAAUUCAAUUACAAAUGUAUGAUGAAUCGAAUUCAAAACAAGAGAAACAAAAAUUACAAGAUUCUCAAUUUAUUAAACAACAUAAAACUCAUUCAAUCAUUAAAGAUAUUUGGAAAGAUACCGGUAUUGAUCAAUCCGUAUUUAACAUUGAAAUCACUGAUCCAUUAUCAAGUGUACCUUUAUUCUACAAACUUUUAGAAUUUACUAAUUCAAUACAAUUCUUUUUACAAUUAUCAAAAUUAUUAACUUUAUGGAAUAAAGUUGGUAGUAAUAAUAAUAAUAAUAAUAAUAGUAAUAAUAAUAAUAAUAAUAAUAAUAAUAAUAAUAAUAAUAAUAAUAAUAAUAAUAAUUAUAAUAAUAAUAAUAAUAAAGAAGAUGAUGAUAAUGAUAAUAAUGAAAAAACUGAAGAAGAAUUAGCAAAUGUAUCAAUUUUACAUGAAUGUUGGUUUAAAUUAUUUGAAAAGAUAAUAAAGAAUCUCUCUGGAUCUGGAAAAGAUGUAAUUAAUGCUUUAGUUUCAAUUCGUAUGGAUCAAGUUUCAAACUUUUCAAUGAAAUUAGAUGAAGAACAUUCUUUAAUGAAUUUAUUGAAAUCUGAUCAAUCUAAAUUCCCAAUUACAACGAGUUGGAAAUUUUCAUUAUUUUCAAAUUUUAACUCUAUUAAACAAUUGAUAAUUAAUGAUAUUAAAUUUGAAAUUAAGAAAUUGAUAAAAUCUGAACAAUCAUCAUCGCCAUCGCCAUCAUCCAAAUCAGAAAUCUCAACAAUAGUAAAAGAUCAACAAUUAUUACAUUUAAUUUAUUCAUUUGGUGCAAUUAAUCAUUUCUUAUCAACUCCACUUUAUAAACCUUUGUUUGAUAUGUUAUUACAAUUCAAUUUACUUAAUAGAAAUAAGAUUGAUCCAAACUCAAUCUAUACUAGUCUUCAAUAUUCUGCUGCAAUGUUAACAAUUGAUAAAAAGUUUUAUCAAGCAUCUCUAAUUAGUUUAUUCUGGUGGAGAAUUGAUUACCAACCAAUUCAAACCUUGGAUAAUUCUUUAAUCUUUUUAGAAAAAUUUUUAGUUCAAUCAAUUUCUCUAAUUGAUCAACAAAAACUAACAAUCAAUUCUAAUGAUUGGUUAAUUUGUAAAGAUAAACUUCAAUCAGCUUUAAAUAUUCUUUUAAAUAAUAUUAAUUAA